AUUAGACGACGAUUGCUAAGUCAAGAUCCAAUUGCACGUCGGAUUGAAGAUGAGAAAAUCAAGAUUCGAAAAGAUGCUAAUGUUGGAGAAGGAGAUUUCGGUUCGUCUUUGUCGCUUUUUGCUAAUGGUCAAAGUACAGUUGAGAGGCCAGACCCUUUGACUGCCAUCGUAGUUCGUUCUAUGGCUGAGAAAACCGAUCUUGCGCGUAUUUCGCCAGCCGAUCCUCAAUUUUAUUCACAAACGGCCGAGAAGCAAUUCGAGUCGUUCAGUGAUUCUACAGAUAUACCUGGUGAUUGGCUAACUAAACUUGAUUUAGCUUCCUCUGGGCUUUCCUCGGACCAAGAAAACCAGUUGCGGCAACUUCUCUUCCAAUAUUCUGACAUCUUCUCGUCAAAGCCGGGCCGUACUAAUGCAGUUAAGCAUCACAUUCAUGUUGGUGAUGCCAGACCGAUAAAACAAGGUCCGUACCGCCUCUUAAACCCGGAAAGGAAAGCAGAAUGCACUCGACAGACUGCUGAUAUGCUUAAAAGCGAUGUAGCCGAGCCUAGUUUCGGACCAUGGGCUAGUCCUGUUACCUUAGUCCCAAAAAAGGAUGGCAAACUUCGUUUCUGUAUCGAUUUUCGAAAACUGAACGAAGUUACUAUCAAAGAUACCUAUCCGAUUCCCAGAAUAGAUGAUACACUCGAUGCACUUAAAGGUGCCAAAUAUUUCAGUACUCUUGAUCUUUCUUCUGGGUUUUGGCAGGUUGAAUUGGAUGAAGGUAGCAAGGAAAAGACUGCUUUUGUCACCCAUGAAGGCAUCUUUCAAUUUGAAGUCAUGCUAUUUGGACUGACUAAUGCACCGGCUACCUUCCAGCGUCUCAUGGACCUUGUUCUACGAGGCCUGAAGUCGAGCUGUUGCAUGGUCUAUUUGCAUGAUGUCAUAAUUUAUUCACCAACUUUUGAACAACAUCUAAUAGACAUUGAUAAUGUCCUUAAUCGGAUAAAAGAAAGCGGCCUUACAUUGAAAACAUCGAAAUGUUUCUUUUGUCGCCGGGAAUUACAAUAUCAGGGCCAUAUAGUCAGUGCUGAUGGCAUUCGACCUGAUCCAGACAAAUUAGAGGCGGUCCGGUCUUUUUCCGUGCCAUCUAAACUGAUAUAG